UUUCAGGAAGUAGAGAAACUCAACGCUCUUCUGCUUUCAAAACACAGUCUUAAAACAUUUAUUUACUGAAGAAAUCCGCGUAUGUGUAAAGAUCGUAGGAAUAAUCUGUUCUGAGGCGGAGAAAAGUUUUUUGAGGAUUGUGUUUUCGUGUAGAUCAGAUCAAAUCUGACAGGGUUUGUAUGUGAGUGAUCGCAAGGGCCCGUCAUGAGCCGUCCACCCUCCAUGCAGCCGCAGAUGUGCGGCCCCUGGGAACUGAAGGAGCGACUGGGAACCGGAGGCUUCGGGAAUGUCACUCUCUGGCAAAAUAAGGAAAGUGCCAUUCAGAUCGCUAUCAAACAGUGUCGGCAAGAGCUCAGCGCCAAGAAUAAGGGCAGAUGGAGUUUAGAGAUUCAGAUCAUGAAGAGGUUGAAUCACAUGAAUGUUGUGGCGGCGAGAGAUGUUCCAGAAGAGCUCCAGAAACUGGCCACAAAUGACCUGCCAUUGCUGGCCAUGGAGUACUGCCAGGGAGGAGACCUACGCAAGUAUCUGAACCUGCUUGAGAACUGUUGUGGCAUGAGAGAAGCUGCUGUACUGACACUGAUUCAAGAUAUAUCCUCAGCGCUGACGUACCUCCACGGGAUGAGGAUUAUUCACAGAGACCUCAAACCGGAAAACAUCGUCCUUCAACAGGGAGAAAAAAGGUUGGUUCAUAAGAUCAUAGAUCUGGGUUACGCUAAAGAGCUGGACCAGAGCAGCCUGUGCACAUCGUUUGUUGGGACGCUGCAGUAUUUGGCCCCUGAGCUGUUAGAACAGCAGAAGUACACGGUGGCGGUGGAUUACUGGAGUUUUGGGACGCUGGUGUUUGAGUGCAUCACGGGAUUCAGGCCUUUUCUACCAACCUGGCAACCCGUGCAAUGGCACAGCAAGCUGUUGCAGAAACAAGUAGAUGAUAUUGUGGUUUAUGAGGAUCUGACGGGAGAAGUUCGAUUCUCCAAACACCUCCCGAACCCUCACAACCUCAACAAGCUGUUAGCUGGUGAACUGGAGAGCUGGCUGCAAAUGAUGCUGCGGUGGUCACCUAAAGAGCGAGGCAAAGAUUUAAGAAAGCGGAGCCAAGACCAAGAGCCAAGAAGUCAGGACGGGGUCAAAGACUCGGAAGAAGACAGCAAAGAAAGCAGUUCAGAGGGAAGCAAAGACUCUCCGAAAGCUUCCUGUUUCUGCUUCGAUGAAUUAAGCCGCAUUCUGAAUCUAAAGCUGGUCCACGUGCUCAACAUGACCUCUGCUGAAAUAUUCACCUAUUCGGUGCAGCCGCAGGAGAACGUGGCAUCCCUGCAGGAGCUAAUCGCGCAGGACGCUCGCAUUCCUCCGGCCAAUCAGGAGCUGCUGCUGGAGGCGGGGCUUGCGCUCGAGCCGCACAACAGCGUCAUGCAGUGUGCAAUCGAUUACAGCAUGAUGGACACUCGGCGGGCAGAUGAGCCGCUGGUUUUCCUGUUUGACCGUUCCUGCUACAGCUACGAGCCUCAGUUUACGCCACGUGUCCUUCCUGAGAACAUCCGAUUCGUCCAGAACGAGCCCAAGCGCUUGCUGGCCUACAGCUCUCAGAGACGCACGUGGGGUCAAGCGUGGCACACCAUCCGCGCGCUGAAGGAGGACUGGCAGAGACUGCAGCAAGGCCAGAAAGUCGCCAUCAUGAGUCUCCUCAGACACAACGGCACGCUGUCGAAGCAGAAGAACGAGAUGGUGUCGAUGCACCAGAGGUUAAAAGCCACGCUGGAGUUCUUCAGCACCAGUCUGCACAUCGACAUCGACAAAUACCAGGAGCAGAGAGCGACGGGCAUCGCCUCUGAAAAAUUAUUGAGUGUCUGGAGAGAAAUGGAGCAAACCGCCCUGGACUGUGGACAGACAGAAGACGUGAAUAAGCUGGAGGAGGAGAUGAUGACCCUUCAGACUGAUAUCGUGGACCUGCAGAGACAGCCGUGGAGGAGUGGAGAGGCUUUAGAGACGCUCGAGGUGAAGGCCAUGGAGCUUUUCCGUAAACUGAGAGAGAAAUCCAGAGAGCAGCGCAGUAUGGGCGACUGUCAAGAAGUGAUCAAACUGGUGGUUCAAGCCGUGCAGUUCUACGAGAGGAAGUUACGGGACUUUUACACACACCUGAGUAAGACGAUGGUGUGCCGUCAGAGAGUUCUGGAGCUGCUGCCGCGUGUGGAGGGGAUGGUGAGUGCGAUGGCCCGCAGCGAGAAACAACUGCUGCACCUGCAGGAGAAGAGACAGAAGGAGCUGUGGAACCUGCUCAAAGUAGCCUGUAGUAAGGUUCGUAGUCCAGUGAGCGGCAGUCCAGAUGGAGGACGAACUCCACCGGCCCCUGCACACCCGCUGAUGUCCCACAGACCGUCUGACGUACCGCACACAGACGAGUCUCAGCUUGUGAUUGAGGAGAGCAAGAUGUUUGAGGGCCGCCUGCAGAGUUUAGUGCAAGACACCAUUCAGGAAACAGAGACCAGCAUGCAGAUACUGAGAGAGUGGAAGUGGUUGAACGGAGGGCAGGAUUUGGCUUGAUCCUGAGGAUCCACAGGUUACCAGUGAGCAUUUGUCAGAGAAUCAGACUGUUACCGCAAAAGCGAACAAACAUAAUGCUAUACUGCCACCAACUGGAGGAAACGCGAUACUGCAGGCAGUGUGUGCUGACAAUUCAUUCCUGUGAAAUCACACUUGAGUCAUUUUCUCAAUGCAUUUCUUACUUUUAAGUGGUAAUAAACCCUUAAAUAUAGUUUUAAAAACAUCAUUUAUGUUAAUCGAGGAUUCUUGCAUCAGAAUACUUGAAAAUUUCAGCCUUUCUGAUGCUCUCUAUGCAAACGCUUCUUCACAUUUUGUGCACGUGUUACUGUGUAGUGUAAAUGUCGUUGGCUCCAUGACCAAUAGCUUGUGCUGUACCACAUUUGUAAGUCGCUUUGGAUAAAACAUCUGCUUAUUGAAUGAAUGACAAUAUAAAUCCAUCCUAGUUUAUUACCUCACUGUGACUAGACAGACCAAGUGUCUGAUCAUCCAGUAGGUGUCAAUGUAUAAAUGUGGACAUUUGUUAUUGUUUUCAUCAUUUAUGAUGCUAUGAAGAUUUCAAAACGUAAACCUUUCUAGAUCAUACACACGAGUAUGUGAACUCAUGAAAUAUGUACAGUUACAGUACAGUUUCAGUUAUGGAAAUUAUUUUUAUUUGCUGAGAAAAAAUAGCAUCUUUGGUACAUAGAAAGGUUUUUUUAUGCACACAAAAAAAAAUGUAAUAAAAUUAAUAAAAUGUUGUA